AACUGAUAAAGAUGCGAAUUCAUAGAUAUAUGAAAUAAAACAUACUGUGCAGAAUAAACAGAAAGUAAUCUAUGCUUAGAUACUUUGUAAUAGGACUACAAAAUACCAAUGGUAUCUCAAAAGCAGAGAGAAAAGACAUCACCUACAAAAGAAUGGCAAUCAGAUGGAGCAGACUUCUUCACAAUCAGGAUGCAUCAGACCCAUUGUAUGUCCACGCUGUCCCAGCUACUAAGAACAUAGGAUUAACAACACAGAUCCAGCCCCUGCUGGGUGGAGUCCAUAGUAUAUCAAGGAAGACAGAUGUGGAGGGAGCAAUUAUAGGGUUAUGAGCUGGCCAGGCUGGAGGGCAAAAGACCUGGCAAGGAAACCAUACAGGAAUAACUGUGAACUAUGACGAUUUUCCCAUCAAUGCUGGCAUUCCCCGUGUGUUUACCCUUUUCCCUCCAAGGGACUCUGGGGAUAGCAGCUGCUAUGCUCACACAUCCUUCCCUGGGCAGAAGGACACAGGCCAGAUGUCCUAAGACUGGUGGCUUCCUCCCUGGGACUCUUGGUAGAAAAAGAGAGGGCUUGCUCCUCCUCAGAGCCUUCUUCAAGGUUUUGGACUGUGUCCCUGCCCUAGGGUCAGCAGAGGCUACAUGGUGGAGAGGGGUUAUGCCUCGAAUGAAGCCAGGAAGUGGCAGUGCUGGGGAAGAGUGCCCUGAGGCACAAGUGCUGCCUUUGAUACCAAGACCAUGUACCAAGCUGGGAUGUGGCUGAGGAGCCACUCAGAAGCUGUGUCCCCAUCCCUCUAACACACACACACACACAAGACCUCCCACAUGUUCCACCCUGGGGAGCUCCCCUAAAGGUCUUUUUCAGGUGCAGCACAUUGGACUGAAGUUCAGAGCUGGGAAAAAGACAACGGCUUCAAUCUGAGACUCUGUUCUAGGCUGGGGGCUGACUGCCUGCACCACGGUCAACACCUGUCUGCCCUGGCUCCCUCCCGAAGCACCCUGCACUGCGGGCCUUCCUCCACUGGAGUGCUAGGAAGCUCUCUCCCCUACGAGGAGACAGGGACCUGUCCUGUUUGGCCUAUAUUCCCAGUGCCUGGGCAGGAUAUCGCUAUCAGGAUAUCGCUUAUUCAUUUAAGGGUGGCGUUCUCGUUGAGAGAGGGGAAGGCUUUGGCGAGAGGAGGCAUGGGGGAGGACAUCGAGGAGGAAGUCUGGAGAGGGAUGAAAAGUUCUUUGGAAAAAGGGUGUGAAGGAAGGCGAGCAAAGGACAGGGGAAGGGAGGUUUCUCAGGGUCCGGCCUGGCGGAGGGAGGGGCCCGCCAGCCGCCCUCGCAGCCCUUACCUGUCCUGCCAGGGGACUGGGGGCGCGGCGCAGCCCGAGUCCCGCCCUCCGCGGCCUGGUCCCGCCCCUCUCGGGAUUUAGUGCUGGCAGCCCGGGCGGCUCCCAGCCGCCGCUUCCGCCUUCGCCAGGUGAGGUCUGGAUAAGCGGGGCGCCCGGAGCUGGGGUUGGCGGAGCAGCCGUCGCUUGGACAUGCUCCCCGAGGUGGGCUCCGUGUGGCUGCUGCGGCUGCUCCGGGACAUCCAGCUGGCUCAGUUUUACCAACCCAUCCUUGAGGAGCUUAAUGUUACUCGGCCAGAACACUUCGACUUUGUGAGACCUGAGGACCUCGAUGGCAUUGGCAUGGGCCGGCCUGCUCAGCGCAGACUGGCUGAAGCUCUGAAGAAGCACCGUUCAGGGCUCAAGUCUAAGAACUGGGUCUACAAGAUCCUUGGGGGUUUUGCCCCUGAGCAGAAGGAGACCACCCCACCCUCGGACAACACUCAGUCCCUCCCUGAGCCAGAGGGAGGACUCAAGUGUCUGAUCCCAGACAGUGCUGUGUGCAGAGGGGAGCUGCUGGGCUCCGGCUGCUUUGGUGUGGUGCACCGAGGGCUGUGGACACUGCCCAGCGGCCAGAGUGUCCCAGUGGCUGUCAAGUCCCUGCGAGUGGGUCCAGAAGGCCCUAUGGGCACAGAGCUGGGGGAUUUCCUGCGAGAAGUGUCCAUCAUGAUGAACUUGGAGCACCCACACGUGCUGCGACUGCAUGGCCUCGUACUGGGCCAGCCUCUGCAGAUGGUGAUGGAGCUGGCACCACUGGGCUCCCUGCACGCACGUCUGACCGCUCCGCCCCCUACACCUCCGCUGCCAGUGGCCCUGCUCUGCCUCUUCCUGCGGCAGUUGGCGGGGGCAAUGGCGUACCUGGGGGCCCGCGGGCUGGUGCACCGAGACCUCGCUACGCGCAACCUGUUGCUGGCUUCGCCACGAAUAAUCAAGGUGGCCGACUUCGGGCUGGUGCGGCCGCUGGGCGGUGCCCGGGGCCGCUAUGUCAUGGGCGGACCCCGGCCCAUCCCGUUUGCCUGGUGUGCUCCAGAGAGCCUGCGCCACGGGCUCUUCUCUUCUGCCUCGGACGUGUGGAUGUUUGGGGUGACGCUGUGGGAGAUGUUCUCCGGGGGUGAGGAGCCCUGGGCUGGGGUCCCACCGUACCUCAUCCUGCAGAGGCUGGAGAAGGACCGAGCCAGGCUGCCUAGGCCUCCCCUCUGCUCCAGGGCCCUCUACGCCCUCGCCUUGCGCUGCUGGGCCCCCCAUCCUGCUGACCGGCCUAGCUUUUCCCACCUGGAGGGGCUGCUCCAAGAGGCCUGGCCUCCUGAGGGACGUUGUGUGAGGGAUGUCACAGAGCUAGGUGCCCUGAAAAUGGAGUCUGGGGACCCCAUCACUAUCAUCGAGGGCAGCCCCGACUCUGCAACCUGGAAGGGCCAGAAUGGUCGCACAUUCAAAGUGGGCAGCUUCCCAGCCUCGGCAGUGACGCUGGCAGACUUGGGGGGCUUGCCAGCCACCCGUCCAGUCCACAGAGGCUCUCCUGCCCGGGGAGAAUGUCGCCAGGGAAGCAUAGAUGGGGACAGAGUGAAGGCAAAGCUUCGGGAUCCCCCUCCAGCCCGGGGCCAGAGAAGGGGUGAGCCCCUGCAGAAGAUGAAAGGCAUUUCCAAGAGUCUGGAAUCGGUUCUGUCCCUGGGUCCCCGCCCCACAGGAGGUGGUUCCAGCCCACCGGAACUUCGACAUGCCAGAGCUGUGCCCCAGGGACCUCCAGGCCUGCCACCCCGCCCUCCCUUUGCCUCAGGCUCUUCUCAGCCCAGUCAGACCCCCAGGGAGCAGCCUCCCUGGCCCAAAAGAGAACCCCCCCACAGUCACCCCAUGGGCGCGCCAGGAGCCAGCAAAGCCACCGUCCCCUCUGGAGGCCUCUCACCCGACUCCGAGUUUCAGAGGAGGAUUAUGGAGGUGGAGCUGAGCGUGCAUGGAGUCACCCACCAGGAAUGCCAGGCAGCACUGAGGGCUACUGGGGGAGAUGUGGUUUCUGCCAUCCGGAACCUCAAGGUAGACCAGCUCUUCCACCUAAGUAGCCGAUCCAGAGCUGACUGCCGGCGCAUCCUGGAGCAUUACCAGUGGGACCUCUCAGCUGCCAGUCGCUAUGUCCUGGCCCGGCCCUGAGCUCUACUCCCUUGGGCACAGACACCAGCCUGACCAAGGGCCUGGCCACAUGGGACCAAGCAGAAGCAGAAUAAGGUCCUAUCAGAGCAGACUUUCCCACCUGGAGAGAUCUUGCUGUAGCUGACACAGGAGGAGCCCAGGGUCGGGCACUGACAAGUGUCUCCUACCCUGCCCCUUGGCCUCUUGAGGGCUCAAGCUCCUUUGGCUGGGUCAUAGAAGGAUCUAAUUUACUCUGCCCACCACAUUCCCAACCAAAAGGAGGUCUUGGAGGAACACAGCUGCUAUACAUCAUACCCACAGGAAGCUUCUACUCACUACAAAGAAUGAUCAAGUGGCCAUACUGGACCAGGGGAAUAGCCAUCCUGAACUGCCAUCAGCUACCAUACUGGACUUUGGGGGCAGCCAUCUUGGAUGAUGGAAGCCAAACUGCCUUGGCUUCGUCUGGGGUCAUCAUGGAUGAUGAAAGUUGCUCUCUUAGACUCAAAGACACUUGAUCCUGGCAGCAUGGAUAAUGAGACAGGCCAGCCCCUCCCCAGCCCAGCUGUCAUAUUUCCUUUUGUUUCUUCCUACACCAAAUCUUUUUUCUACCCUCUCCCGUUACAUACAUUUUCCAAUGUCCAAAAAGUUACAAAGUUUAUAUGAAUAUAACAUACAAA